AAGAACUGAACUUGACAAUUGUCUUGAUUGCAAUUAUCCUAGACUACCUGGCCAUGAUUGUCUACACAACUCAGGCAAUUCUAAUACACUUAAACGAUUUACAAAGAAUCAAGAAACUAAAGAAACAAUUAGCCCUGAAAUAAACCUUGAAGAAAAAUUUAGAAAACAAGAAGAACCAGAAAAACAACCACCAUUGUCACCAAGAAUCAAGGAAGAAUGGCAACUUACUUUAAUCAACCUCGAUAAUGUAAAGAAAUAUUACGACGAAAUAUUACUUUGCAAAACAUGUUACCAUACCCAAUUUGAAGAAUUAGAAAUUGAUGACCCAAAAGCAGCAGAAUAUUAUAAAAAAGAAGGAAUCAAUAAAUUAACCGAAUACAACUUCUGUUGCAAACCAAUUAGAAAAAGACAAGGCUACCAACUUUGGAACACAGGACAAUAUAUGUGUUGUCUAAAAGAAAUGAUAGCAUUCAUGGUCUAUGCAGAAAUAACCGACAGAUCAACAUACCAAAUGAUUACAUUAUCCUAUGAUGAAUUAGAUGAUCAAUUUAAUGACUCAGAUGAACCAAUUACCGAUCAAGACAUAAUCAUAGAACCUGAAGAAAUUAACACUGAAGAACAAGAUCAAAUCAUAGCAGAUAUUGCUACCCAAAACCUAGACUAUGAUUAUAAACCAAAAGAAUUGGAUACCAAAAAUUGGAAAGAAAAGACAGCUUAA